CUGUUUCUUUCUUUCCUUUUUACUUGUGUAAAAUUGUAAAUACAUUUUAGAAUUGUCUACACAUUCAACACCUAUUCUUGCAAGAAAUGUAUUAACUGUUUGAUUACAAAUAAUUAAUAGCAUGGCCUUUUAUGUUGUACAGGUUGAGUCCAGCUGAAAUUGUUUUUCUGACGGAGUACUGCACUGUAAUGAAACCUGUGGUAAAGGCUUUGAAUAUCCUUCAGGCAAAGAACAACACACACAUGGGGUGGCUCCUGCCCGUGAUCUUCCAGUUACAAAUAAAUCUCUGCAGAAUGGAGACAUCUUCCAAGAUGUGUCUGCCCCUUAUCAGAGCAGUUCAGGAUGGCAUCCAAAAGCGCUUUGGUGGGAUGAUCCAAGACCCUGAAUUGAUUGCUGCAGCAAUACUUCUGCCAAAGUUCAAGAACACCUGGACUGAGAAGACUGAUGUCAUAGAAGCAGGACUGGUGUAUAUAAGAAAACACCUUGACCAAAUGGCAGAGGUAGCAGUGGAGCAAGACGGACAACAUUCAUCCGAUGAAGAGGAUUUCUUCUCCUCAAUGAAGUUCAGAAGGUCACAAGGUACAGGGGAGUUAGAUGAGUACCUUUCCUGUGUCUCAGACAAAAUGGAUCUCUUGAAGUCAUUUCCACACAUCAAGAAACUUUCUCUCAAACUCAAUAUUUCCCUUCCUGCCUCAGCUGCCUGUGAGCGUCUCUUCAGCUAUGCUGGACUUUUAUUCACCGCAAAGCGAGCACGGAUGAACUCUUCUAAUUUCGAAAACCAGUUGUUGCUAAAACUAAACAGAAAGUUCAUAGAAUAAAGAUGGGCACCCAGUUGUUAAAUUGUUAGGCAGAA